AUGUGUUCUAUAAAGAUCGUUUGCUCAAUAGUCUUUUUUCUAUUGUCAUUGAGCAAUAUUUAUUGUGACAAGGAUGCAGACAUUAAUACUCUUCAACAACUAAUCAGCAGUUUAAGUCGACAAGAUAAUUCAAACUGGUGUUGUAAUAUUGAUCCUGGUGUUGAAGCUGCAGCAAAAACUCGUCAAACAACUUAUUACGUUCAACGACAUGCACGCAACAAAUGUGGUUAUAGUGAUUGCGGUCUAUUUGGUUGGUCAAGCUGUACAAGUUGGUGUGAUACAUAUUGGUCAGAAAUGCAACAUGGCGUUGAAACAUAUAUUGUUUAUACGCCACGUUUAUGUCCAGCAGGAAAUCUUGUUUGUUGUGCUGGUUAUAUAACAGUUAUCAAUCAUUGCUUUACCUAUCAAGAAGUUAUGAAUAACAAAGAUGUUUUAGAAAUACUUGUUUCUAUGGGUAUUCCUAUUAAUCCAACAAUGGGUUAA